AUGCAGGUGGAAGUUGCGGAGGGAGAGCGCGGCUUUUUGGUGACAGGGAGUACUUGUCAGGAGGCCUUGCGAGGCGGGCCUAGGCCCAAGGCUGGGCUGAAGGACUUGCGUUUGUGGCUGGAGGUGGAGGCCGAAGAGGUGAAGCACGCAGGGUCCGUGCCAGCAAGUUUGGAUGCCGAGUUGGCUGACCUUCGUUGUGAUCCUGCAGAUCGGCGGUUUGUCACUGUCGGCAUGGUGUGCAAGCAGGUCGCUUUCCUUCGAGUGCAGCAUGAAGGCGACGUGCCCUCGAGGCUGGUGUCUCGUUUCCUAGCACCUGCUGCCCCUAAGCGCUUUGCCUCAAGAUGGGCUGAUCGGGUGCUUCCAGUGGAUUGGUCAGUACACCCGAAAGCGGACAGCUUCAAGCGUCUUGCCAAAGACGCGCUGCUUUCCCAUGCUGGGCGUCCAUGGCGUUUGCUCUACGAGCCCUUCCGCGGUGGUUGGAACACCAUCUCCAAGGAGGAUGCGCUGGAGGCCUGCAAGGAGAAUUUGGGGGUGGACUACCAUUCUGUCGCUGCUCCAGAGAUCACCGUGGUGUGCACAGUGCAGCCCAGAUUUGUAGGCUUGGCAGUGGUGGACAUCGACACGGACUAUUUGCGAGUGGAAGACGGGUGA